AGUAAAAUUACAUAAGAAGAAGAAGAAGGUAGCAGGUGCCUCGUAUCUGUUGCUAGUGUCCUCUCAGGCAAAAUUACAGUGUUUCAAGGUCACUAAGUACCAGCUGAUGCCUGGCUAAGCCUGAGCUGAGAAGAGAUAACCCAGUGAGCAAGAAGCCAACGCCGGAUGGCACAGUUGGGUGCCAUAUUCUCAAUAAUUGCUGCUCUCGGAGGAGCAGCUCUCUUAGGCUCUGUGCACAAGAUUGAUGAGGGACACACUGGUGUUUACUACAGAGGAGGGGCUCUCCUGACCACCACCAGCAGCCCUGGUUUCCAUCUUAUGCUUCCAUUCAUCACAACCUACAAGUCUGUUCAGACGACGUUGCAGACAGAUGAGGUGAAGAAUGUACCGUGUGGCACAGGUGGAGGAGUGAUGAUUUACUUUGACCGCAUAGAAGUGGUGAACUUCCUCAUCCCAUCAGCAGUGUACGACAUCGUGAGGAACUUCACGGCGGACUACGACAAAGCUUUGAUAUUUAACAAAGUUCACCAUGAGCUCAACCAGUUCUGCAGUGUUCACUCACUGCAGGAGGUCUACAUCGGUUUGUUUGACCAAAUCGAUGAAAACCUGAAGUUGACGCUACAAGAGGACCUAACAUCCAUGGCACCUGGACUCAUCAUACAGGCGGUCCGUGUCACAAAACCCAAUAUACCAGAGAGCAUUCGCAGGAACUACGAGCUCAUGGAGAGCGAGAAGACGAAGCUGCUGAUCUCUCAACAGACGCAGAAGGUUGUGGAGAAGGAGGCGGAAACAGAAAGGAUCAAAGCCGUGAUUGAGGCUGAAAAAGUGGCACAAGUGUCAGAGAUCAAGUUUGGACAGAAAGUCAUGGAGAAGGAAACAGAAAAAAGGAUCUCUGAAAUCGAAGACAGCGGUUUCGUGGCUCGGCAGAAAGCCAGGGCAGAUGCAGAGUUUUACACAUCGCAGAGAACCGCGGAGGCCAAUCAGCUGAAGUUGACACCGCAGUACCUGCAGCUAAUGAAGUACAAGGCCAUCGCAUCCAACAGCAAAAUCUACUUUGGGAAUGACAUACCCCAGAUGUUUGUGGACUCUGGCUCUGCAGGGAACUCGAUCAAGGCGUCUGCUGCCCUGGACAUUGUUGCUGAGCAGCUCCUGGACCUGGAUUAGCGAGGGACCGCCCAGACUGAGUGGAAGGACUGUCUGCUAGAGGGCAGGCGCCCGGCCCACAGGCCGGCUGGCAACUUAUCCCUCUGACUCAGAGAAGCUCUGCUGUCCAGGGUCUGUAUUUCUCAAACACUUCAGAAUAACUGCUAGAAAUCACACUUGCGUAGGACUCUGAUGUAGUAGUCUCCAAACUCGGAGCUGUGGACUUGAGUUAGUUAAUUCCAGAGGCUUCCUAUGCUUCUGCUCUGUUCUGAUGGAGAGUGAGAUUGUCUAGACGGACUAGUAAAUUAUGUGGAAGAUGAAAUAGCAUCAUUCACCGAUGUACAAUUAGCUACUUUAAAAACUAUUUAGUCAUUUAGCCAAAAUCACCAUUUUAAGGAACUUGCCCUCCUUCUGCUCGGCUCCGUGUAUCAAGUGUGUUUGCUAACCCCCCAUCCGCUAGUUAUUGCUGCCUUUUUAAUAUAAUAAUAAUAAUUCAAAUCAAUACUUUCUAAACGAUUGGUUUCUGAUUUCAGUAAUAAAAAAAUAAAAAAGAUUCUCAUUACUGGCUGGUGAACGUCGAUUUUUGUCGGCUGAAAUGUCGCUCGCAGAUUUGAGCUAACAUUAGCGCCAUUUGUGUGGAUUGAAAAACGCCUUCUUCAACUGACUUUUAAAAUGUUUCCAGUUGACUCGUGUUAAAACAAGAAUAUUAGUAGGAGGGGACUUCAUUAUUCACUUCACGGCUAAAUAUUGUGCUAAAAGUCUGAGGCUAAAGCUGCAUGUUACAGGCAAAACGUCAUCGCCCUCAUCAGUUUAUGAUUCAUGUAGAAGACAUGAAUGAAGCUUUUAAUCCAAAACAUGACUACAUCCUCACAUGGAAAGCUCUGCAGCGCCGCUAAAUCCAACAGAACAAGGAAUGACUUGAAGAGAUCAAGAAGGUUAUUUAAAUGUUGAUACUGCUGAACAAUAAGGACAACGUGUGUCUGAGGGUGGUAGACUGUGAUUUCUUAUUCUGAGUGCUUGAGAAACAUGAGCCCCCCUGACUGUAGACGGAACACAGGGAUGAUGAAUGUACUGUAGCUGCUGCCUGUCAGAUUUCAAUAGCAUUACUCCCAUUUUGUUUUUUUGUUUCUGUAAAAAAUUAUAAUAAUAAUAAUCUUUUGAGCACACCAAACCUGUUGAAUAUUAAUUGAAGUUGUGCAACUGUUUGAAGUUGUACCACAUGUGCUGUACAUGUAUGUAGCACUUUGUUUUUCUCACAGCACAUUCAGUGGAGACUAUAUUUGUGCAACUGUUUAUUUGUGUCUAUUGUGCAGUAGGAGUGUUAUUCCAAACACUUGAGAAGUUUGUGUUGGGUUAUGACGCAAACCAGCUUUUGUACUCCAGCAUACUCAUACAAAGUCUAUGAUGCAGACAUGUGGCGACAUCUUUCCUUAAUGGGCAAUUAAUUAUCAUCUUUUAUGGAUUUAGUCUUAACCACUUCAUGAAAGGUUACAGAACCUGUAGUGAGUUGGCUUUGAGCCUUUGACAACAUGCCCCAUUGCCCAGGAGGAGGAAGUAGUCAUAAGAAUAUACAGAUUGACACUGAGGGACUCCUCGCUGUAGAAAUACCACCGACCUCGUGUGUCAACAUUGUCGGUCGGGGGCAGUUUUCACCCCAAAACCUUUUAAAAAAAAAAAAAAAUACUAAUCUUGAUCAGGACCAAAAUACCAAACUUCACUUUGUGUUUAGUCUCCUGUGUUAAAUGACAAGAGACAUUCUUUGUCAAAAUUCCACUUUUAUGUGUCCCAGCAUGUUGAUGUGUGAUGAGCGAAACCUGAUUAAUUUCAUCGUGUAUCUUUUUUUUUUUUUUAGCCUUUGGUUGUUGAUUCUUGGUACUUCGCAGGUUUUGUUUUUUUAAAUAUCUUUUUGUUAAUCUGACGCUGCCACGGGGAGAAUAUAUUUCUGUAGUCUGAAGCUAAAUGGCUCGCGUCCUGAUUUCACUGUAACCCAAUGAAACUUCCACUCAUGUCGUGUGCAAACAGUGAUUAUAUGAUGUUAUUGGAAACCCUGUUUAAAGUUUGUCCUAAAAGUGACGUCAGAAUGUCAUUCUAUUGCAAUCUUUUCUUCUUGAUUGUGACUUAUACUGACUUGAAAGGCAAAUGUGUUUGCACUGACUUUAAUUGUGAAUAUGCAAUCAAGAUAUUGACAAAGUGCUGUGGGUUUUUGUUUGAGUAAUUUUUUAAUUUUUAUUUACAUUGCAUUGUCCAAUGUGAUGUAGAGGUUGUCUGGGGUUAAUAAAAGUGUUUCAAACACAAAUAUUUGGUAUCUUAA